CUAGUGCAGAAGAAAAAAAAAUUGUCAUUUGUCGUCAGUCAAUAAAAUUGACGAAGAAAAUAUAAAAAACGCAAAAACAAUUUGUUAUUUGCCAAUUACCUAAUAUAUAUUUUUUAAUUCAUAGCAGUAAUCAAUAACUUUUCAAAAUACGACUAUUAUAUCAUAAAGGAAUCAUUGCCGAUACCAACAUUCUGUCCGUAGAGAAAAUGCCGUCCGUAACUUCGAGUACGGGCGAAGAACAACCUGAACAACAUGAUGAGAAAAUGUGGACUGCUCUCAAAAGAUAUAUUUUACGAGAGAGACAACGGAAAAAAGAAGAGUAUGAAGCAGAAGUGGAGGAAGAAAGAUUACGAAAGGAGCGGGAGGCCAGAGAGAGGCAAGAUGUGAUGACACUAGAGGAAACAAAAGAACAGAUUGAUCAGUUAGAACAAAAAUUAAAACAACUUGAAAAGGAGAAACAGCAGUUGUUCAUGCAACUAAAGAAAGUACUUAACGCAGAUGACAUUAGAAAGAAACAACAGAAGGAAACCAAUGAUCAUUACAGUGAAAUGCAACCGAUGAAGAUGCCCAUGGGUAACAUACAGAUACCAAUGUUCCCAAUGCCCCCAUCCAGCGGACAGGGUGAGCCCCCACCCACACAGGGCAGGCCUCCACCCUUGACAUCUCAUAUGCUGAAUAAGCAAACCAUAGUCCGCGGGGCUAUCCAGCCGGGUGUGAAACGUCCGCGCAGCCCCUCGCCCACAUACGCGCUGUAUGCGCACCGCCUGCACCAGCCGCCCAUGAAGCACCAGCCGUACAGUGAUCACAAGGUAGAGGAUGGCCGCAUGGGCCGCCAAAUGGCCCGCGCAGUGCUAUGGAACAAACAAUCCCAGUACGGGUCAUCAGUGGGCGGGUCGUCUGUGUCCUCGGUGUCUUCUGUGUCGUCGACGUAUUACGCGAUGCCGACGUCUGGCGUGUCGGGCGUGUCGGGGGUGUCCGGCGUGGUGGUGGGCGAGCGCCCGCCGCCGCUGCUGUACGCACACCACGCGCACACGCCACACACGCCGCACACGCCACACACGCCGCAUCAUGCCAACUUAAUGUAUCCCCCCGCUCCGCCCGCGCCACAGCAUGUGUACAUCGAUAUGCUGAAGAACCGUGAUUCGCAGUCGCAUCAGGAUCCGAAGAAGGACGCUCAGCCCCCACAGGUGCUGAUUGGUUUGAGCGAUAACCACCCAUCGGUGAGCAGUGGAGUGGCGUACGCGCAGCCCCCAGUGAGUCGACAUCUCGCCAUACACCCGCCUCAGCAACAUAACAAUCUACAGACUGCAAAACCGGGCAGUAUAACUCAAGGGUACCCCGUCCAGCAGUCGAACCCCAACGUCCAGAACCCGAAUAUAUAUCCGAACAGACAUCGUUAUUAGCUAGUAAUCAUCAGGCGGCAUCCAGCCAAGCAGCCACCCUAGCGACCGCCCUACCAUCCACGGAAAUACAGAUACAUGCGUUACCAACACAAUGCAUGGAGGAGUUAAUCGAUAUAAAUUUAUCGAUUGAAAACAUUUUAUCGACUUAUCGAUGUUUAUCGUAAAGUCGAUAGUCUGUGUUUUUUGUUUUGAAAUUCUUCUAAGCAAAAUGUCGCGAUAUUUGCGAUAUCGAAUGAUGAAAUAACCUUUAAUAAAAUUAGGGUAUUUGCGUUUUUAUAUUCCAAGGCCUCUAUUGUUGCAAUUGUUUGUUAUUAUUAUAUUUUAUUAAUGGCCGUGGCUUCAAUUUAUUUUUGUUAAAAACGUAAGCGACUCCAUGUGCUGUGUUCUAGCGCGCCCACGCAAUGCUGUAAGUUCUGUGCAGUGUUUGAAAGGACAAUUUUAGUUAUAAGUUCAAAUUAAAACAAUAUAUCAGGUGGACAUUAGAAAUUAUUAGUUGUACAAUAUAAAUGUGCAGUCUGAACAAUUUAUAUUAUUGGAUCAAAAUAUAUCAACAUUAUUUUACGAUUUCAUUCUAUAUUACAUUGGAAGAUAUGUCUUAUGUUUGAAAAAGUAAUUUGAGUUUUAUUACAUUAUUGAAAUGAUUCAAGAUCUAUUAAAAUUUUCAUGAAUGUAUAACAGUUAGAAACAGAAUAAUGGUUCAAAGAUAAGUGUGGUAUAUCUACUACAAAACAAUCUAGCAAUAUUCGCUCCAUAGUUCGCUAAGCGUUUUUGAACUAAGUAAUUGUCCACGAAUUAGAUUUGCAGGUCAUUUUCGUUGGGAUGCAAUAUGUAAAAAUCAUUUUUUCUUGAUAUUAAAGGAUCUACAACCCUAUAAUAUAAUAUAAUUAUAAUUUUACCUUAUUGAUACUUGAGUAAUACAUAAAAAUAAAAUGUUUAUGUCCUAUAUAAAUAAACGUGAAUAAUGUAAAUUGUUUUGACUGUACUUUCACUAUAGUCUCACUGUAAAUUUUGUAUUAUAAUGCUUCGAUUUAAGCAUGGUUACAUAAGAAAAGUUGUCCCUGCCACACAGUGCAUAAUAUCCAAUAAUACCAGAACACCAAUUCACAUAUUUAAGCUUGUAUAUCGUCACAUGGUUCUGUACCUCUCUAGCAGGAAUUUACGCAUUAUCGUAUAUAUUUUAUUAUUUCUUUAAAUGACGAGACGAGCUUGCCAUUCGUCUGAUGGUAAGCGAUAUGACCGCCCAUAAACAGUAGAAACACUAUCAUACACCUUGAAUUACAGAGUAUUGUUUGGUAUUCCCCUGCGCUCGCCAUCCUGAGACGUGAGAUAUUAAGUCUCAUUAUGUCCAGUAGUUACAAUGGCUACAAUGUCCUUCAAAACAGAACACAACAGUGAUUACACACUGCUGCUUGGCGGCAGAAAUAUACAUUGCGGUGUUACCAACCAAAUGGACUCUCACAUAAUAUGAGAGACCUACCACCAGUUGUAUUCAUAUCGAGAAUUUUAGUUACCGUUUACGUAUUUCUCUAUUGUUUUGCCAAUUAUACACAACAAAAAACAAUUCUCACACAUUUUAAAUUUAUUUAUGGUUCCGUGAUUUACUGUAUGGGGUUUACACACGCGCAUUGUUUACGUUGCCGUGUUUUAGGUCCAAAUACGCUCUCUGGGGUGCUGUUUAAAUUUUCACACAAAAAAUAAUUAAACCAAACCAUUGCAUUAACAACAUACAAUAUUAUAAAACAAUAUUGCGUAAAUUCGUUCUAGGAGUACGCUUUCAUUAUAUAACUGAUAGUACAAUAAAGAUAAAAGUAUUUCUUAUACAAAAGAUUAUAGACACUGUUCUUAUGUAACUCAUGUUUAAUUAUUGUAAUCAAACAUAGAACAAAAUAUAUAAUAGUAAUCAAUGGAUUGGACCGUAUUUUCAAUACAUUUAAUAUAAUCGAUGUAUACAAUAGAAAUAUAAAACAUAUAUUCAACAUAAGUUAUUCAUAUUUAUGCUUUUUCUAUGUAUGUUAAAAUUGUUUAUUGAGUAGUAAAACAAGAAAUAUCUAUCAGCAUAGUGUGGAUUGUCGAAUACAAGAUUCAAGUAAAUGGUGUAUCUAUAGUGAAUGAAAAUGUACUAAUAUAAAGAAAUGGCUUUCAUCUCCUUGACUGCUUGCGGUGGUAUUUAGGUAAUAUAUGAAUAUGCGAAGUAAAAU